AUGACUCCCGGGGAGAGAGGCGCUAAGGUGCUAACCCCCCUCCUGCUGCUGCUGGCCCUCCUCGCCAGCCCCAACGCCGGCCUGGAGGUGCAGCACAAGUUCCUCUCGCCCACGUUGACCAACAACUUCGCUCUGGACGGGCCGGGCAGCAAGAUCUACCUGGCGGCUGUCAACCGGCUCUACCAGCUCUCCGGCCCCAACCUGACGCUGGAGGUGGAGGAGCAGGUGGGCCCGGUGCCGGAUAACCCCCUGUGCCACGCACCCCAGCUGCCGCAGGCCUCCUGCGACGACAUCGAGCGGCGCAUCCGGCAGGCCCGGCACUCGUGCUUCGUGGAGCCCGACUCCGGGCGGGUGGACGUGCUGGACAGCGUGGUGCAGGGCACCGGGCCGGCCUGCGAGAAGAGGAACAUCCAGCUGCAGCCAGAGCAGUUAGACUGUGGAGCAGCCCAUCUUCAACAUCCUUUGGCCAUCCAGCAACCCAUAAAGGCAGAACCAUUGUUCAUAUACCAGGGCCUCACUUCCGUGGCUGUUUCCAGUGUUAAUAAUUACACCGUGGUGUUCCUAGGUACAGCGAAUGGAAGACUUCUGAAGAUUAAUCUGAACAGUACCAAGGAGAUUAUUAGCAGGAAAUCAGUUUCAGUGGCUUAUGGGGAGCCUGUUCAUCCCAUCAUGCAGUUUGAUCCUUCAGAUUCCAGCUACCUCUAUCUCAUGACAUCAUAUCAGAUGACCCGCGUGAAAGUGGCUGCCUGUGACCAGUAUGCAACAUGUACGGAGUGUCUGGCUGCAGCUGAUGCUUAUUGUGGAUGGUGCACAAUGGAGACCAGGUGUUCUCUGGAGCAUGAGUGUGUUAAUUCCACUCAGCCAAAUUUCUGGACGAGUGCAAGUGAGGGAGUGCAGCAGUGUCCUUCAAUGACAGUCCUGCCAUCAGAAAUUAAUAUUGAUGCUGACAACAAGGCCAUAAUCAUGCAAAUAAAUGGGAACAUCCCGAGUCUUGGUGGAAUGGCGAUAUCUUGUGAUUAUGGAAAUAUCUACACUGUCGCCAGAAUUCUCACAGAUUAUAAGAUUAUUUAUUGUGAGUUUCUUCCAAGAGAGAAAUAUCCCACAUUCCCACCCAAUCAAGACCAUGUGAUUGUUCAAACUGCAGUACAAGUCAACGGCAAAAAUAUUGUCCAGGCCAAUUUCACCAUUUAUGAUUGCAAAAGAACUGGAAAUAUUUACCCAAAGACAGCAUGUACCAGCUGCCUCUCUACCAAAUGGAAGUGUUAUUGGUGCACUAAGAAAUACAUGUGUACCUCCAAUGACUCUAAUUGUGAGGACUCGAUAAAGAUGAAUAGCACCACUGACUGUACACAGAUUGUGCCUGCCUUGCUAGAGCCAAUGCCCACCGGGGCUUCUCAGGACAUCACAAUUUCACUGGCUAAUGCUGCUUUCUCCAAGGACACUGUUUUGGAAUGUCAUUUUGGAACUGAAAGGACAUUUGAAGCCAGAUGGGUGAAUGCUUCCACCGUUCAGUGCAGCAGUGUUCUGCUCCACACAUCAGAAAAAAGCCAUAUCUUCCCGGUAAACCUUCAGCUGAAGGAUAAACCAGACAGAUUCAUUGAUAGUCCACAGAUGAUGACAGUGGAGGUCUAUAACUGUGCAACUGGAAGUGCCGACUGCUCUCAGUGCCUUGGGAGAGAGGACCUGGGGCACCGAUGCAUUUGGAGUGAGAGCAGCUCCAUUUGCAGACUAAACACUGAAUCCUCACAGAUCCCAGUUGUGUGUCCUGCUCCAGAUAUUAGGAAGAUUGAGCCCAUGAGUGGGCCCCUGGAAGGAGGAACUCUGCUCACAAUCAGAGGAAGGAACCUGGGCCGUAGGUUCAGUGAUGUCGUUAAUGCUGUCAAGAUAGGGAGUGUGAGAUGUGCGCCACUUUGGGAGAGAUACAUGGUCUCAGAGGUGAUUGUGUGCCAGACUGGAGAAGUUCCCUCUGCAUUUUCCGACGUAGUGACAGUUAACAUGAGCAGGGAAGGGAAAUCAAGGGAGCAAUAUUCCUACGUGCUCCCUGAAGUGCAGUCUGUGUUUCCAGAUGCAGGCCCUAAAGCUGGAGGCACCAAAGUAACCAUCAGAGGACAUAAUCUCAGUGUAGGAUCAGAUCUCCGUGUUCUGGUCAAUAGCACUAAACAGUGCACAGACCUCAUUCGAAAUGCUACUACCAUCACAUGCACCAUGCCAGCCGCGGAGCACACGAUGGCUGUGCGAGUCUGUGUCCAGUUUGAGAACAAGUCUUGCAUCAAUGAUAACAUCACAUUCAAGUAUGAAGGAAACCCGAUUAUAGCAGAUAUCAACCCCAUAAGGAGUCAGAUAAGUGGAGGCAGGAUCAUCACUCUGGAAGGAAAUGGAUUUUUGAUGGUACAGAAUGUGUCGAUGGUGGUUGACAGCAUUGGAAAGGAACAAACAAACUGUAAGGUUCACACCGACACUAUGAUUACCUGCCCCUCUCCAGCUGCCUCCAACAUCACUGUGGGGAGCAAGCCAGCACCGGUGGACUUCUACAUCAAUGGACACCUCUACAAGGAUGACAGGCUGGCUUCUGAUGAGUACAUGCACCCUGAGGAGGCCCAGCAUACGAGCAAGUUCAGCCUGGAGUACUACGCAGACCCCCAGUUCUUCACAGCCAAGAAGGAGAAAUGGAUCAAGCACCAUCCUGGGGAACCCCUGACUCUGGUUAUACACAAAGAGCCUGACAGCCUAGGCCUGGAAAGCGAUGAGUACCAAGUGAAAAUUGGCCUCAUUUCCUGUGAGAUACAGAUUGUUUCAGACAAAGUCAUUCACUGUUCAGUCAACGAGUCACUGAGCACAUCAGAAAGACAGCUUCCUGUGACGAUCCAGGUUGGAAAAUUCAACCAGACGAUUGCUAUGCUGCACCUCGGGGGUGGUGAGACAGCGAUUAUAGUCUCUAUAGUCAUCUGCAGUAUCCUGCUGCUGCUGUCUGUCGUAGCCCUGUUUGUGUUCUGCACUAAGAGCCGCAGGGCAGAGCGCUACUGGCAGAAAACCUUGCUCCAAAUGGAAGAGAUGGAAUCCCAGAUCCGAGAGGAAAUCCGCAAAGGUUUUGCUGAGCUUCAGACUGACAUGACAGACCUGACCAAGGAGUUAAACCGCAGCCAGGGGAUCCCGUUCCUGGAGUACAAGCACUUUGUGACACGGACAUUCUUCCCCAAAUGUUCCUCGCUGUAUGAGGAGCGUUAUGUUCUGCCAUCCCAGCAGCUCAACACUCCAGUAGGGUGUCAGGUCCAAGAAACUCAUCCCUUACUGUCAGGAGAAUGGAAAAUUCCUGAAAAUUGCAGGCCCAACAUGGAAGAAGGAAUUGCUUUAUUCUCCACCCUUCUCAACAACAAACACUUCCUUGUCGUAUUUGUCCAUGCUCUUGAGCAGCAGAAGGACUUUGCUGUUAGAGACAGGUGUAACUUGGCCUCCUUGCUCACUAUUGCAUUACAUGGAAAACUGGAGUACUAUACCAGUAUCAUGAAGGAUCUAUUGGUGGACCUCAUAGACGCUUCGGCUUCCAAAAACCCUAAGCUUAUGCUGAGGAGAACUGAGUCUGUGGUGGAAAAGAUGCUCACCAACUGGAUGUCCAUCUGCAUGUACAGCUUUCUCAGAGAGACAGUCGGGGAACCCUUCUUCCUGUUGCUCUGUGCUAUCAAACAGCAGAUCAACAAGGGCUCCAUUGAUGCCAUCACAGGAAAAGCCAGGUAUACGCUCAAUGAAGAAUGGCUGCUGAGAGAGAACAUUGAGGCAAAGCCCAGGAACCUCAAUGUGUCUUUCCAAGGCUGCGGCAUGGACUCCCUGAGUGUUCGGGUCAUGGACACAGACACUCUUAGUCAAGUUAAAGAGAAGAUCCUUGAAGCUUUUUGCAAGAAUGUCCCGUACUCCCAGUGGCCAAGAGUAGAAGAUGUCGACCUUGAAUGGUUUGCCACAAGCACAGACAGCUACGUCCUGCGGGACCUCGAUGACACUUCAGUGGUGGAGGAUGGCAGAAAGAAGCUCAACACUUUAGCCCACUACAAGAUUCCUGAAGGUGCCUCUCUGGCAAUGAGCUUGUCGGAUAAGAAGGACAACACACUAAGUCGAGUGAAGGACUUGGAUACUGAAAAGUACUUUCAUUUAGUUCUUCCAACCGAUGAACUGAUUGAACAUAAGAAGUCCCAUAGACAGAGCCAUAGGAAAAAAGUCCUACCUGAAAUCUACUUGACCAGGUUACUAUCUACAAAGGGCACGCUGCAGAAGUUCCUGGAUGAUCUGUUCAAAGCCAUUCUCUGUAUGCGAGAGGACAAGCCACCUGUGGCUAUCAAGUAUUUCUUUGACUUCCUGGAGGAGCAAGCGGAGAAAAGAGGGAUCUCUGACCCUGACACUUUGCACAUUUGGAAAACUAACAGCCUACCUCUGAGGUUUUGGGUCAACAUUCUGAAGAAUCCUCAGUUUGUCUUUGACAUUGACAAGACCGACCACAUAGACGCCUGUCUCUCCGUCAUAGCCCAGGCCUUCAUCGAUGCCUGUUCCAUCUCCGACCUACAGCUGGGCAAGGACUCGCCUACCAAUAAACUACUGUAUGCCAAGGAGAUUCCAGAGUAUAGGAAAAUAGUGCAGCGCUAUUACAAACAGAUCCACGACAUGCCACCUCUCAGUGAGCAGGAAAUGAAUGCACACCUCGCAGAGGAAUCACGGAAAUAUCGGAAUGAGUUUAACACCAAUGUAGCCAUGGCUGAAAUAUACAAAUAUGCCAAAAGAUACCGCACUCAGAUAGUGAAUGCCCUGGAUUCUAACCCCACAACGAGACGCACGCAGCUUCAGCACAAGUUUGAGCAAGUGAUUGCGCUCAUGGAGGACAAUAUUUACGAGUGCUGCAGUGAGGCCUAGUGGGUGCUCUGGACUGGACCUCAUCCUGGAAGUGACCUUCUCUGUAGUGCACUGUCCUCUAGGGAACAUGCCUUUAAACAAAAUAUAUACAUGUAGAAAUAUAUUGGAUUGUGUCUCUUAGGGUAACCCUGUCCCCACACUGGUGGAGGGCCUGGCCAGGGGUGAGAUGAGCCAGCGAGGGAUGAGAAGCCACUAAACAACAUUUUCAUAAAGCUUGAACUCCCUUUCAUUGAUCUGCACUGCGUGGCGCCUGUAAUUUAUUUGCUUUUUCAAGCCAGAACUCAAGACGUGCCACUUAUUAUUUUCCUGUAACCUGCGUGUGAGCAGCCAUGCUCCCAAAGAGACUCCUCACGGACUGGAGCCCAAGCUAGGCAAGCGAUAAUGAUGGAUGCAAAGCAGCGGGGAAGCCUCAGGGAGUGAUGAAUGGAGGUUUCACAGGCUAUUGGAGCAGCAGCAGAACUCCCUUAACCAUACUCCUCUUAGUUCUGUAUAUUUUAAAUACCAGGGAAUCUAUUUACUGUACACUAUCUGCUGCAUUAGAUGUGUUUUGUGCCUUUGAUUUUUGUACUGUAUGUGUAAACAUAACCCCUCCAUCUGCAACUUGUGCCAGGUGGGGAACUCAUGGACUAGACAAUGAGAUUGCUUCCGAAGUAGUCGAGACAUGUGAAAGCACUUUACCCUGGACGGAAAUGGUCAUUACCUAGCUGGAAGGAUUGUAUUGUCCAUUUGACAAUGAAAUGAGGAACAAAUCGGGGCAGCUGUUCCCACUUCCCUAAGUUUCCCAGAUGGUUGUGCACACACUGAAGUGGAGUUGACCAAUAUCCCCUAAAUAGCCACUUUUCAUGCAGCUGGUCACAGGAGUAAUUUAACCUAGAAGUAAAAGGAAAAGAUACGCUAGGGGUCAAAUGGAAAAGUUUCCUGCCCUUGAUAGCAUCUUCCCUAUCUUCCAGCAUUUACAACCCACAGCUGAAUUCUUCUUUCAGCCUGGAGUAAUGCCAGUGAGUUUCUUGUUAUUUAAAUAUUUUCACUGGUGGAAUAGCGCAGAAUUGGUCAAAGCUAUGCUUCCAGUGUCAGCUAGUCCCUCCGAACACCUUUUGGAGUUCAUGUGGUGCUCAGCAGCUGUGAGUUAAAGAUGUCGUGAUGAAGAUAAACUAAACCCAGGCCAGUAUUAUGGGUCUGUUCCUAAAGCAGCUUCUGGUCUUGCUGUGUCUGGCAUACCGACGGCUGCAACUUUUGACUUAAAAUGAAUGGAAGAUUAUUGAUGUGACAAGUACAACGAGCAUCAAAGCGAAUUAGCCUAUUUAGCAAUCCCUGUGAGUUGGAAUGACUCCACGUAUUCUAGGACAGAUCCUGCCCUCAGUGAGCACAGUGUAACUUGAGAGUGACUCCAUUUAAGUUACUCCAAGCCAAUGGAAUUACAGGCAUGUAAAGUUGGAGCAAUUUUGCUACAAUGCCUGUGGAUUUACACUGGUGCAAGAGCAAAAACUCCUCCUAACAUUGCUGACCCAGAUUCCUUUAUGCUGCUUGCAGAAGAGUAGCAUCUUGGAAUGCAAGCGCUCUGCCCAUUGGUGAAGGACCACAACACAAUUCCAUGGCUCCCUUUUAGACAUGGCACCUUUGUUAGCUGCACGGGAUGUACCAGAAGCCAGCACACAAAUGCAAGAAAACCAAACAGGCCAUGAAAUCCAAACCCAGUUUGGCACCAAACUUUCAUAAUACCAAAAAAAAAAAAAUACUACCUCACCCAACACAGGGCUUAAAGGGGAAUCUCCAUAGUGCACAUGGCUGCCAUCUGAUCACUUGGCUAUGAACUAACCUGGCAAUGUGCUACUUUGGGUCAACCAAAAAAGUCCCUUGGAUGGCUCAGUGCCAGGAUCUGUGGCUCAAAUGUUUCAGAAAGGCCUGGAAUGUAGACUAGUUCUAUAGUGAUUUAGAGCAUCGCGGCUGAUUUUAUAUUACAUAUAUUUUAAAAAUUACACACUUUAUGGGGGGGGGGGAGAAAAAGGUUUAACCAGAACUGCAGCAAAGUACAUACACUGUGGAUGUUUAACUGUAGUUGCUGACUAAGUGGCUUUAGUCUAGAAAUGUUACAAAUGUAGCUGGGCUACAUUUUAUUUUGAAAGAUAAUUUUUUAAAAAUACUUAAUUUUUUUUCUUUAAAAACUGUGAACAGCUGCCAGAUGCACACAGGGCCAGUGUGGGGAAACUGAAGAUGAGACUUGUCAGAGCAUACAGAGGAGGGCAUGUGAGGAAAGAAAGGUGGAAGUUCCCAUGAGGGGGGUGAUCCCUGUGCAGAAGCACUGGGAAUGUAACAGCCUAAUCAGUAGGCAGUAAAUGAGUGUGAGGCCAUGGAUCUGUGUCAGGUGCUGUGGUGGGUGAGCAUGCCUUAUGGCCUAGGCUUUAUUUAAUCUUUUUUCCAAAGCAAAGAAAAAGAAAAGACACAUGCUCCUUCUUUCAGCUCCUUGGAAGAAACAGACGCAUGAGGAAAGAAUGCAUUGCCUUGAACCCUCAUCCUUUGUAAUAUAUUUUAACUUUGUCAUAUAUUUGUCUGUGUGGUUCCCUUACCUGCUCUUUGGUGGAAUCUUUGAAAACUUAUCUUUGUAAUAAAACGUGAUCAAACA